CCCGCGAAAUAGUUUCUGGACGUUCGAGAAGCCACGAAGUGGUUCGAUUUCGCGGGUAUACGUUAGUUCGUUCAGUUUAUAGAGGGUAAUAGAGAGAAAAAUGGCGAUGGCAACAACUCAGGUGAAGGGAAGUGGUUGGCCGCGAAGAGCAAGUAAUAGUUCAUUUGAAGGAAAGGUGGUGCAGAACCAGUCCGUAACUAUCAACAGGACAGUGAAUUUAUAUCCUUUGACAAACUAUACAUUUGGAACAAAAGAGCCACUCUUCGAGAAAGAUCCAUCAGUACCAGCAAGGUUUCAGCGCAUGCGAGAUGAAUUCGACAAAAUUGGAAUGCGGCGCAGCGUAGAAGGGGUCUUAUUGGUACAUGAACAUGGAUUACCACAUGUCCUCCUUCUACAAUUGGGAACCACGUUCUUCAAAUUGCCUGGAGGAGAAUUAAAUGCAGGAGAAGACGAGGUAGAGGGCCUAAAACGGCUCCUAACAGAGACAUUUGGACGUCAAGACGGAGUUAAACAGGAAUGGGUGAUAGAAGAUACCAUUGGAAACUGGUGGAGACCUAAUUUUGAACCGCCUCAAUAUCCUUAUGUACCACCACAUAUUACAAAACCAAAAGAGCAUAAAAGGCUAUUUCUUGUUCAGUUACAAGAGAAAGCCCUAUUUGCAGUACCUAAGAACUACAAAUUAGUUGCUGCACCAUUAUUCGAGUUGUAUGAUAACUCUCAAGGGUACGGACCAAUUAUAUCAUCUUUACCACAGUCACUUUGCAGAUUUAAUUUUAUCUAUAUGUGAAAGAGAAUCUAAGCGAGAAAAUGGAAUAAAUUUUAUUUAAGUUAAUAGAAAUUAUUAUUAGUACAUGUAUGUAUGAGAUGAUGAGUGAACCUGCAAAAAAAGACUUGUGUUCUAUGUAUAAUAUGACGUGCACUACAAAUUAAAUCAUUUUUUAAGUAGUACUUA